UUAUAAAAAAGCCCAUUCCAUCACCAUUAAAGCUGAAAGAAAAAGAGAAAAGAAAGAGUAAAAAUUUGGGAGAGCUGGAUUGAGCUCCAAGCCAUCGUCUUUCACAGUUUAGUCUUUGUCUUCAAAAUCUCCAGUCGAAAAAACUUGUAACGAUGUCGAUCUUUGAGUAUAAUGGAAGUGCCCUAAUUGCUAUGGUGGGGAAGAACUGCUUCGCCAUUGCCAGCGAUCGGAGGCUUGGAGUUCAGCUCCAGACAGUGGCCACCGACUUUCAGAGGAUUUACAAAAUCCACGAUAAGCUUUUGAUCGGCCUUUCUGGUCUCGCCACUGAUGCUCAGACUUUGUAUCAAAGACUGGUGUUUAGGCACAAGCUGUAUCAGCUUCGAGAAGAGAGGGAUAUGAGGCCCGAGACUUUUGCAAGCCUUGUCUCAGCUAUUCUUUACGAGAAGAGGUUCGGGCCGUACUUCUGUCAGCCUGUAAUUGCUGGAUUGAGUGAUGAGGACAAGCCAUUCAUUUGUACAAUGGAUUCAAUUGGAGCAAAGGAAUUGGCGAAAGAUUUUGUGGUAGCUGGCACUGCAUCAGAGUCUCUUUACGGUGCUUGUGAGGCAAUGUUCAAGCCUGAUAUGGAACCAGAAGAAUUAUUUGAGACUGUUUCCCAAGCACUGCUAUCAUCAGUUGAUCGAGAUUGUUUGAGUGGAUGGGGAGGCCAUGUCUAUGUUGUAACACCCACUGAAGUGAAAGAGAGGAUCUUGAAAGGAAGAAUGGAUUGAUACUUUGCUGCCGUGACCCCAGUGCCCUUGAUUACGUGAUGGUGAAAUUUUAAUGUAUUGUACCGAUAAAUUCUUAAAGAUUGUUUAGCCAUAAUUUAUUUAUUUUUAUUUUUUUUUUUGGUUAAGGAAAAUUUAUUGGAAUUAAGACAUGCUUUUGAGUUUGCAAAUCAGUAUGCUGUUAUAUCCUUCUUCCUUGAAAGCAUACGUGUUCCUGAAUUGAUUGGCUGCAGUUUAGCGUUUGUUUCA